GCCGCCGCCGCCGCCGCCCUCGCCCGCUGACAGGAAGUGGGGCCGCGGCUGGGCGGCGCAGCCUGCAGGGGCCGAGCGGACCGCCGCUGCCUGACGGCCGGAGGAGGCGGCGGAGAAGCGAAGCGAGGCUCUUCUUUAAUUUGCUGAUUCAGAUUUCCAAGAAGAAGGAGAGAAAGAAGCACCAUUACGAAGUGCCAGAGGAAAAUAUCUCAGACUAUCCAAGGAAAAUUACUGUUAAGAUGUUGAUUGUUUUUGUGGGGCAUAUAUAUGGGAGAGAGCAAAAAGCACCUCUAUGACUGUAAGAAACCCCAGAAGUUGAGAUCUUCUUUUUCUUUGCACUUUAUGUCUCAGACUUUGACACAUUUUCAGUUGGCUGCCUUUGGAAAACAAAGGCAUUAUGAAUCCUUCAUAACUUCAAGCUUCUGUGUUUAGAUAAAUUGUCCUGAACAUAAUGGAGGCUGUACUUGAUAGUUUAGACUGUAGCUACACACAGUGAUGGAAGAUGUAAUAAUACGAGGAUUUAGGGUCUCCACAGUAUUGUUUGAACAAGAAAAGGGGUUUUUGGAAGAAAAUGGCUUGCACAGAAAUGGAUGCAUUUGGACAUUUGAAAGAAUUGUCUUGAAUCCUCUUUAAAACGAUGCCUCCUUGUAAGUAAUACAAGUAAGAUAUGACCAGAAAUAUCAGCUGCUUAGUUGAGAUACACCUAAAGGGCUCUAAGAAUGCCCAGAAGAGGCUUCCUAUUUCAAGCCAGGACUCGAUGGCUAUUGAUUGGUCUUGCUGUACUGUUGAGUUUAUUGUUGUUCAUGUAUCUUCUUGAAUGUGCUCCACAAACAGAUGGCAAUGGAUCACUUCCUGGCAUUGUAGGGGAAAAUUUUGGUAAAGAGCAUUACCAAGCUCUUCUGCAGGAGCAAGAGGAACAUUACCAAACCAGGGCUAUGAGCCUCAAGCGCCAAAUUGCCCAGUUAAAGCAGGAGCUGCAGGAAAUGAGUGAUAAGUUGAAAUCAUUACAGGAAAAGAAAACCCCUAAAGUCAGCAGCAUGGGCUACCAAGCCACCAAAGAGCAAGCGCCCAAUGAUCUCCUAGAAUAUCUGCAUUCUCAGAUAGAUAAAGCGGAAGUGAGUAUGGGGGCCAAACUGCCUAGUGAAUAUGGAGUUAUUCCCUUUGAAAGUUUUACUUCUAUGAAGGUAUUCCAGUUGGAGAUGGGGCUCACGCGACACCCAGAGGAGAAGCCUGUCAGAAAAGACAAGCGAGAUGAGUUGGUGGAAGUAAUUGAGGCUGGCCUAGAGGUAAUCAAUAAUCCAGAUGAAGAAGACGGACAAGAUGAAGAUGAUGGAAUAGGGGAGAGACAGCUUUACAAUGAAAAUGAUUUCGUAGAAGGUUAUUACCGCACUGAGAGAGACAAAGGGACACAAUAUGAAUUGUUCUACAAGAAAGCAGAGGAUAUGGAGUACAGGCAUGUCACCCUGUUCCGUCCAUUUGGGCCCCUAAUGAAAGUGAAGAGUGAAACUGUUGACAUCUCAAGGUCAAUAAUAAACAUUAUUGUUCCCCUUGCUGGAAGGACAGAAGCUUUUGCACAAUUCAUGCAGAACUUCAGAGAAGUGUGCAUUAAUCAGGACAAGCGGACUCACCUUACUGUAGUAUAUUUUGGCCAAGAGGAGCUUUCUGAAGUCAAGAGCAUCUUAGAAUCAGUUGCUAGAGAGACAAACUUCCAUAAUUACACACUUGUUUCCUUGAAUGAAGAGUUCAAUCGUGGUCGAGGUUUAGAUGUUGGUGCCAGAGCCUGGGAAAAAGGCGAAGUCUUGAUGUUCUUCUGCGAUGUUGAUAUUUAUUUCACAGCAGAGUUCUUAAAUAGCUGCCGCUUGAAUGCUGAGCCAGGCAAGAGAGUUUUCUACCCUGUGGUGUUCAGCCUUUAUAAUCCCGCCAUUGUUUACGCUAAUCAAGAUGUGCCACCCCCUGUGGAGCAGCAGUUGGUGCACAAAAAGGACUCUGGUUUUUGGCGGGAUUUUGGCUUCGGGAUGACUUGUCAGUAUCGAACAGACUUCUUGACUGUCGGAGGAUUUGACUUGGAAGUCAAAGGCUGGGGUGGAGAGGAUGUCCACCUCUACCGGAAGUACUUGCACGGUGACCUAGUUGUGGUCAGGACCCCAGUGCCGGGCCUCUUUCACCUCUGGCAUGAGAAGCAUUGUGCUGAUGAAUUGACUCCAGAGCAAUACCGCAUGUGUAUUCAGUCCAAAGCCAUGAAUGAGGCAUCUCACUCUCACCUCGGGAUGCUGGUUUUCAGGGAAGAGAUCGAGGCACAUCUACGCAAGCAGGCAUACCGGACUAACAGCGAAGCAAUAGGUUAAAACAAUCUUCUGUGUAAUCCAAAGGACUCUGAAGUUGCUACAAACCAGCAUCAUUCUAAAGCCUUAAUUAACUCAAUUUUUAAAAAUGCAGUGCCUCUCUUUUUUGCUGAAGUUGAGUUUAAAAUCUUCUCUGGCCUAUUAAGUACAUCUCGCUAUUUCAGGCACUUGAGUGAAAGGAAGUAUUUCUAUUUGUGCACAGAGGGGAAAACAAGAGCAGAAUGUAUUAACUCUUCCACCUCUUGUUUUUUUCUUUUUUUUUUCUUAAACUUUUUCACUUCUCAGAUUUACAUUUCGUGACAGUAAGGAUUGCAAGUGAACAUUAACUGAAUUCUCCACUGCCUAUGGUCAUUUCUGUACUCAUUUCACUGUACUUUUUUAGAAAUGUAUAAACUCAAUGGGAAGAAUAAAACAAACAAAAGCUGUUGAAGACUCCUAUACAGAAAUGUGGUAUGUUCUGCAACUAGACUCAUUGAAUUCGCCUUACUAACCAUCAGGUACAUAAAUUAACUUAACAAGAAUAUGUUUCAGUUUUCAAAAAGAGACUACAGAACAGUUACGAUAAUGUGGUCAUGCUGUUCCUUAUUGGACUGAAAAUGAGUUGAGCUUGUAUGCUAUUUGCUUAAUCCUAGCUACUAGCCAAAUACUUUUUGCAUGUUUCAGGAUGUACAGAGAGAGAGACUGACUUGAACACAAAGUGGUUCACUUCACUGCCUCAUUAUGACACUUCUUGUCUUCUAGGUAAAGGGAACUGCAGAGAUUAUGUUUAAAUAUUAGAUGGUAUCCACUUUGACUUUACUUACCUUGGUCCAGUUUUCUGUCAUUUUACUUUCAGCAGUGGGCACAAGAAUGCCUCUUGCACAAGCCCCAUUGAGAUGGUUGUCUAGAAGCAGAACUUUGUGCUCUUCCGAUCUGUUUUAGCUGGGGCUUGCCAAGGAAACUGGAACCGUUGUGCCUGUUUCGUUCGUGAAUGAUGCAAGAUACAGCUCUGAGUUCUGAACAGCUUGUUCACUGUUUGAAAAUAGUUCUGGACAUUGUUCCCUUUUUAUCAUGUAGGUUGCCUUUAUAUAACAUUGUGGAGAACAGUGUAAUGUGUCUAAAGUGGAGAGAAUGUACUGCAAGUUGGCUUGCUGUGUUCUCUUUAUAAAUAAAUUGAAUACCUGUGUAUUUUAA